GGAAAGCUCAAUUCAAAGUUUCAGACUUCUUCUGGACAAGCGAUCUUCACCUGCUCUCUACUCUACUCAAACCUUCCUUUCUUCAUCAAAACUAGUCCAUCUUAACACAUACAUACGUAUACGAUAUCGUAUACGUACGGCAAGAUGGCUUCAGUUUCUUCAACUCCUCGCACUGUAGAAGAGAUCUUCAAGGACUUCAACUGUCGACGCUCUGCUCUCGUUCGUGCUCUCACUUCAGAUGUCGACAAGUUUUACUCACAAUGCGAUCCAGGGAAGGAGAAUUUGUGUUUGUACGGACACCCGAAUGAAUCAUGGGAGGUGGCAAUGCCAGCUGAUGAGGUGCCACCAGAGGUUCCAGAGCCAGCGUUGGGCAUAAAUUUUUCGAGGGAUGGGAUGCAUAGGAAAGAUUGGCUUUCUCUUGUUGCGGUUCAUAGUGAUUGCUGGUUGCUUGCGGUGGCUUUCUACUUUGGUGCCCGACUGAAUCGCAAUGAAAGGAAGCGGCUUUUUAGCUUAAUAAACGAUCUUCCCACCCUGUUUGAAGUUGUUACUGGCAGGAAGCCCCUAAAAGAUAAACCAAGUGUGGACAGUGGAAGCAAAUCCCGGAAUGGCUCCAAGAGAUCAAUUGAUGGACUAAUGAGGAGCAAUCCUAAAUUACUUGAGGAUCGUGUAGAGGAUGAAGAUGAUGAGCACAAUGAAACCUUUUGUGGGACCUGUGGGUCAAGUAACAACUCUGAUGAGUUUUGGAUAGGUUGUGACAUUUGUGAACGGUGGUACCAUGGAAAAUGUGUGAAGAUAACCCCAGCAAAAGCAGAAAGUAUCAAGCAGUACAAAUGCCCUUCUUGCUGCACAAAGAAAGCAAGGCAUUAGCAGUACGGGGAAGCUUACAAGCUGCUUAUUUUACUCACUGUUAUAGUAACACCUUGAUAGUUUAUUUAUCCAUUUAUUUUACUCACUGUUAUUGCGACACCAUGACUGGAGUCUGCAUUCUUCACCGUGGCAAUGGGUGACACUUAAUUUAUGGGGAAAAAGUAGAUAACAGUUACACUA